AUGGGCGUCUCCAAGCUCUUCGAGAUCCAGUACAAGGCUUUUGAGCCGAUCCUCAGGGGCAAGAGCUUCGUGGGGCGCUCGCAGACGGGCACGGGGAAGACAGUAGCUUACCUCCUGCCCUUGCUGGAGCGCAUGCGAAACGAAAAGAUGUCUGCGGCUCACUCACUAUUGAUCUUGGUGCCUACCCGGGAGCUCUGCAAACAAGUGGGCAGCAGCAUUCUGUCUUUGUCCGUCCACGCGGAUGUUGCCUUGGUCUAUGGAGGGCCCUCCCUAGACUCUCAGGAGCAGCUGGUACGCUUGGGCGCCACUAUUGUGGUAGCCACUCCCGGCCGGUGCGCGCGACUGAUUGAACGAGGCGCGCUGCAGACGCAGAACGUGCGAGCCUUGGUGGUGGACGAAGCGGACGCCAUGUUUGGCCCAGAGUUCGUGGGGCGAGUCGAGCGUGUUUUGAAUGGUGCAGCCAAGCCAGGAUUGCAGCAAGUCUUGUUUUCAGCAUCUUUGCCCAGUGAUGUGCUGUCACUCAUACAGCGGUUCUUCCCAACCCACGAGUUUGUAGAUUUGGUGGAUCGCCACGGCACUCCUGGCGAUGCGGUGGUGAAAUCGGUUGACCACAGACUGUGCAAGGUGCCUGAGCGGAGUUCUGCUGCCCGGGCCCGGGUGUUGCUGCACGUGCUGAAUGAGCAGUUGAACUUGUCAGGCGGUCGCUGCAUCAUUUUCGUCGACACCACCUCAGAGGCCAGAUCGCUACUUGCCCACCCGGCCCUGGAUCGUCGGGCGCGCGCCGUGCACGGAGACUCCAGCGCCCAAGAGAGGGACGGCACCUUGUCCUCUUUUGCCAACCAGGAGUUCGACGUUUUGAUCGCCACGGACAUCGUGAGUCGCGGCAUCGAUUUCGCGGAUGUCUCGCUGGUGCUCCAGCUGCAUCCCCCCAAGGAGCCCACGCAGUACGUGCACCGAUCCGGGCGCACUGGGCGGGCAGGGAACAGCGGCACCUGCGUCACCUUCUACAACGCCUCGGAGCAGAAGUUUGUGCAACGGGUACGGGACUUCACCAAGCAUGACUUCGCCAUGCUGCCAGUGCCUGGCCCUAUGGAUAUCCACCACGCUGCUGUCAGCCGGCUGUUGGAGCAGCUGUUGAGCGUUCAGCCUGAAGAGUAUGAGCAAGUCAUGGACGAGGCGACGCGUCUGCUGGAGGAGCGAGGGCCGGUGGUGCUGGCGACGGCCAUGGCAGUGCUGGACAGCCGCCACGCGGACCUGCAGCGGUCGCUGAAAGACCGAGUCUCCCUGCUCUCUGGGAGAAAGGGCUACUUGUGCCUCUUGGCCAAUGACCCGGAGCACCGGGUGGCCACCACGGAGGGUGAGGCCAUGCGUUUGGUGGGCUCCAUCCUCCCCAAGCCUGCGGUGGUGGGGCGGGUGGCCAGGGUCUCUGGGGGCUGGGCGCUGGAUGUGGAACACCACUACGCCGGCAAGCUGGUGGAGGACCUGCGCCGUGGCAAGGUCUCUGCGCCCUUCGAGGUGUCAGUGGCCUCACGUCUGCCGCGGCUGCUGCGGAUGGCCUCCCGUCGGGCGCGGCAGAUGGCCAAGGCGACGCCGCGCGCCUUGGAGCGCCCAGCGUCGCUGGGCCCUUGGGCGCAGGCGCACCGCCGGAGUGCCGGCAAAGUGGGGAGGAAAGCUGGCUUCGAAUUCCUGGGCCCCAGUGCAGUGGUGCAUGGGAAGGAGCCGUGGUUCGAGCUCCAGGUUCGGGACCUGCAGCGAGCAGCGCAGGCGGAGCCUUUGGUCCAGUGCGACGCCUUCGCGGAUUGCCCGGGCGCUGGGAACCAGGCGGCGGUGGUCUUCUCGCAGCGCAACGGCGACGAGACCUGGAUGCAGAAGGUGGCCGCAGAGAACAAUUUGUCGGAGACGGCCUUCGUGGAGCUUCUCUCCCCGGGGGAGGCGGAUGGACCCUGCCGCUUCUCCCUGCGUUGGUUCACCCCCACCACGGAGGUGGACCUUUGCGGGCAUGCGACCUUGGCAACGGCGCACGCCCUCUGGAGCACCAACCGGGCGGCCAAGAAGCGGCGCAUCGAUUUUGAGACCAAGGCCUCGGGAGUGCUUACCUGCAAGUUGUGUGACGGUUGGAUCGAGAUGGACUUCCCCGAAGACCCGCCGGCCAUGGGCCCAGCAGCCGCGAAAACCUCCGCGGCAGUGCUGGCAAAGGCGCUCGGAGCCCAGGAGGCGGACGUGUUGGCUUUGGGCCGCGGCAAGUUCGACGUGUUGUGCGAGCUGCGGCCCGAGGCCUUCGAGGCUUUGAAGCCGAACCAGGCGCUGCUGGCGGAGGUCGAGUGCCGCGGCGUGGCGGUCACCACCGCAGGAAGCGGCAAAGACGCGGAAAGGGCCGGAGGCCCCGGAACCGGCAAGAAGCUGUCCAUCGAUUUCAGGAGUCGGUUCUUUGCGCCCCGCGCGGGUCUGCCAGAAGAUCCAGUUACCGGCUCGGCACACUGCAUGCUCGCGCCCUACUGGGCAAAGCGCUUGGGCCGAGCGGAUGGCGAAGUAGUUGGCUUCCAGGCAUCUGCCCGCGGAGGCGUUGUGAAAUGUCGCCUCGCUGCAGGGCGCGUCGCUCUGGCGGGACCUGCGACCACCACCCUUGAGGGGAUGCUUUAUUGUGGCUGA